AUGGCAGAAAACACUCAUAUGAAGACCAUGGAAACAGCGAUCGCAACACUCACUGCCACGCUCCAAGCCAUUCGCGAAGAAGCAGCUCGUGAUCGCAGUGACGAUCGAGCACGAAUGGAACGCAUCGAAGCACAGUUGAGUUCGCUGCAACAGGGUAAUGCCUCGCCAGGUGGAAGGAACUCAUCGGGAUUUUCGACGUUGACGUCGUCGUCGAACCCACCGUUUCAGGUCAGAAAUGUCAAAUUAGAUUUUCCCCGUUUUGACGGCUCCGAUGUUUUGAACUGGAUCUUUAGAUCGGAACAAUUUUUCGAGUAUUAUGCAACACCAGAUCCUCAACGUCUCACUAUUGCUGCGAUUCACAUGGAGAAGGAUGUUGUGCCUUGGUUCCAGAUGAUGGCACGAAACAAUCCUUUCCAAUCUUGGGCUGCUUUCACUAGGGCUUUAGAACUGGAAUUCGGACCAUCCCCAUAUGAAUCUCCUAGCCAAGCCCUGUUCAAAUUAACCCAAUCCACCUCUAUUGCUGCUUAUUACACCUCCUUUACUGCUUUAGCUAACCGUGUCCAGGGCCUCAGUCCAGCUGCCAUUUUGGAUUGUUUCCUUAGUGGACUCAAACCAGACAUCAAAAGAGAUGUUAUAGCUCAAACACCUCAUUCCAUUUCCAAAGCCCUUGCCCUAGCCAAAUUAUUUGAGGAAAAAUACACUACACAGACAAAAAACACUUACCCUAACCAACACACCAAACCUUACCCCUCAUCCAACUCCAAAAACUCGACCCUACCCCCUUUGCUUCCAACACCACCGGCCAAACCACCAUUUAACCCACCAAAAAACCCCAAUGUCAAACAAAUCACGCCUACAGAAAUCCUCCUCCGCCGGGAGAAAAGUUUAUGUUACUAUUGUGAUGCCAAAUUCACCAUGUCCCACAAAUGUCCCAAUAAACACCUUUACUUACUACAAGUAGACGACGAUGAUCGUAAUGACCACAUUUCUGACCAUAUCGACCAAACUCUUACCAUUGACGAGCUAAGUUCAUCCAUGGAACAUCAUCUCUCACUCAAUGCUCUACAUGGAUCUAUUGGGGCAGGUAAAUUUCCAGUCCUUGUGGGUAAUGGUAGUAAAUUGAAUUCAGAGGGAUAUAUUCCAGACUUACCAAUUUCUAUCCAAGGCCAUGUGUUACAUGUUCCGGUAUACUUACUAUCUUUUACCGGUGCCGAUUUGGUUUUGGGUGCACCGUGGUUGAAAACACUAGGUCCACACAUCGCCGAUUAUGAUGAAUUAUCUAUUAGAUUUUAUUUGCAGAAUGCCUUCAUCACACUCCAUGGUGAUAAGUCACCCUUUGUAAGUCAAGCUCAGUUUCAUCACAUUCGCCGUCUUCAUAACACUCACUCCAUCGAUACUUCAUUCAUGUUGCAGUUUAAUACUGUUGCUCAUCACGAAGCAACUACCAUAUCCUUGCCCUCUGAUAUGUCAUCAGACUUGCAGAGUUUACUUGCAUCUUUUAUGGAUGUGUUUGGAGAACCUAAGGGCUUGCCACCACCCCGCGAACAAGACCACACUAUACCUCUUUUGGAGGGCAGUAACCCAGUUAAGGUACGUCCGUAUCGAUACCCGCACUGUCAAAAGGAACAAAUAAAGAAAAUGGUUAAGGACAUGUUGGACCAGGGUAUUAUUCAACCCAGCUCGAGCCCAUUUUCUUCACCUGUUUUACUCGUAAAAAAAAAAGACGGUACAUGGCGUUUUUGCACCGAUUACCGUGCUUUGAAUGCUAUCACGGUUAAAGACAGCUUUCCCAUCCCUACUGUGGAUGAAUUGCUAGAUGAAUUGUUUGGUGCCACUUACUUCUCUAAGCUGGAUCUACGUUCUGGAUACCAUUAG